CCCACCCCCCGCGUCACCAACCGCCGCCCCCAUUGGCCGCCCGCGAGACAACCAAUGUGCGCGCGCUUUGUUCGGUGGCGGCGCCGCGUUCGAGACGGCGGGCGGGUGUAAUUAGCCAUGGGAUUACUAUCGAAUCUGGCCCGAGGUUUGGUGCGAGGAGCUGAUCGAACCGCAGAAAUCACAAGUAAACGUGGUCCCAAGAGUUUCUACCGAUCCAGGGGAGCCAAGCCAACGGGAUAUAUAACUUCCAGUGGCAAGUUCGUAAAGAUCAAAAAAAUGGUGCCUGAGCUGGUGGUUCCUAAUUUAAAAGGUUUCUCCCUGAAAGCGUACGUGUCGUACAAAGCACCGAGUGGAACAGAGCAGCCGCUAACGGCCAAGAAGCUCUUCAUGGAAACUGCUGCUGUGCAAAUCGAGAAAGAUUUUCGGGAAGGUAUCUUUGACUCAAAUCGCCUGGAAAAAUAUGGCUUUGAACCAUCACAAGAGGACAAGGUCUUCCGGCUGUUUCCAAAAAAUUAUGUGCGGUAAUAGGAACUGUAUUAUCUCAGAUUAGCCCUUUUUCCCUGACUGGCUUGAGAAAUGAGACGCUGCUGCUAUCAUGGGUAUAAUCUGUACAGUUUUGUACGUGCCACGGGAUGAGGAAUAAACAUAGUUUUGUUGUGCUAAAAUGUCUGAACAAAUGUCCGGCACUCAAUCAUACCAAUACAUUUAUGUAUGGGUUUUUAUUAACCCUGAGGAUUAAACCAUGUUAAACCAUA